AUGGCCGAUCACUGGUCAGUUUACAGCAGUAACCUAAUUUCAAAUAUUGAUGUCCCAGUUUUCGCCGCUGCCGAGAAUCGUAGGUGCUACUGGUGUGGUCCCCUAGCGGAACAGGUGCAUCGCAGUCAGCGCGCGCUGCCGUGCAGUGGUGGGCAGACACAAGUCACCGUCUGUGAUCCUGGAUAUCAAUAUUGUGCUGUUGUCGCCACCUCGCCACCAUACAAAGAAUCAAGGUACUGUGUCAAGUUAUACCAAGACGAGUGUUAUGCGCUCUAUUGCAACUCUACUAAAACAUGGCGCAUGACUUGCCCGUGCCGUGGAGAUCUCUGCAAUGGCCCGAACACCGAACGCGAACUGGAAGCAUUCACGGGACUCGCGAAAAUUGUGUCCAAAACACACAACGCCCGCCUUCGAAGAGCCUUGGUCACUACCGGCCGGUUCAUAAGCUUAAAUCCUAGAAGGAACCGAAUAGACAACGCGACUGACGCAGGUGUUGCUGACAUUGAAAAUGAUAUUAACUCCACUAACAUAAACGGUGAUCUAACUAAUGAAAAUCUCGACGAAAAUGUAGUCAACAUCGUGACAGAAGCAAAAAGUGAAGAACAAGUUGUUGAAACCACACAAGUAAGCGCUGAACUUAAAAAUAGCGAAGCUCCGAGCAGUCCCAAUGAAAUGAUGAUCGAAUCUACUAAAAUGAACAGUCUGAUGAAUGAAUCUCUGAUACAAGUAGAUAUCCCAGGUGAGAGUAUGGAAACUAGUAAUCUCAAAACAGAAAUAAUUUUAUUGAAUAAUGGAACUGAUAAAGAUGUUGCUAAAACGGACGAAGAUAUCCCAGAAGUUCAGACUAUCCCAGAAGCUACAACACAAACAGCUUUAGAAACAAAAGCUAUGGUAGAAACUACUCCAGAAGUAGUAAAAACAUCGCCAACAGAAGCUAAAGUAAAUGAUUUGAAGCCAAGUGCACAGCUGCCUACUGCAGAAGCUUUUCAAUUUACUGACGCACCAACAACUAAAACAACUGAAACCAUUAUGAUUACAAGCACAACUGAAACUACGAUGCCACCCAAAAAUAACACUGCUACCAGCUUCGAUACAAACGUACUAACACUAGCAGUCGGCGUAGUUUUAAAUUAUUAUCUGUAA